UACAUUAUCAUCACAUUAUCUAGAUGCAAAAGAAAUGAGUGGUUAUUAUGCUUCACUUCAAUUUGUGGGAUUAGGAUCUCCACAUUCAUAACCAAAUUAUCAAAAACAAAUUGGAACUAAUACACAAAGAAAAAUUAGAAACAUAUCAAUAACUUUAGAUAUAUUCUCUCCUUAGUGGACACAAUCUUUCAUAGGGAAAAAAAUAUUAUAUCUUGAAAAGUGUUUAUUAAUUAAUAAAAAUGGCCUUAAUCACUUCUUCUUCACUCACUAUAUCCUCUUCAUCUUUUGAAUGCAAGACUCCUUUUCAAUCAUUAGCUUCUUCUCCACAAUGUGUGAGCCUUUCCACUCUUCCAUCACUCCCUUUGUUGUCUCAAAAUCAUGCAUUGAAGACCAAUUCUCAUUAUCGAAAGAUUGGUCGCGAAGUUAUGGUAAUGGCAACAGGUGAUGCACCAGCAGAAACUGAUGUGCCUGAGUUUGUUAAGUCUCUUCAAGAUGCUUGGGACAAAGUUGAUGAUAAAUAUGCAGUGGGCUCAUUGGUUGUAGCUAGUGUGAUUGCACUAUGGGGUUCAACUGGUUUGAUCUCAGCAAUUGACAGGCUUCCCUUAAUUCCUGGGGUUCUUGAGUUAAUAGGAAUUGGUUACACUGGGUGGUUUGCAUACAAGAACCUAGUUUUCAAACCAGAAAGGGAAGAACUUGUACAAAAAGUAAAGGAAACAGUUACUGAAAUAAUUGGGAACAAAUAAAAGAGUUGGGAAGUGCUAAGAUGUUGUUGACAUGAACAUGAUAGAGUUGUAUCUUGCAGUUGAAGAUUUCAUCAUGAUUCAUUUUGUAGCCAUAAGUUUUUUGACAAAACCUUAUCCCCUGUAAUUUAAUAUUUUCUGAAGAAAAAAAAAUUGUAUCUUAUUAUAAAUAUCAAUCCGCUUUAUGAUUAUCUUAUAUAUGUAUGUAGUGCAUGAGUUAUAUUUUUCAC